GAAAUGAAAGAAACCUCAAAUGACUUUUGAAAAAAGGAAGUAAGAUUGGUUUAGCUUGACCAACAUUUCCUUUUUGUUGCUGAUAUAUUGUACUGAAGUCAGACCUGAAACAAGUUUCAGUUUAGAAGUGAAGGUAGAAACAUUCACAAACUACAACGCAAGCGAUGGCUGAUGGACCAAGCGCUGUUGAGUUUGAGGAUGAUGAAGAGUGUUGGAUGCGUCUAGAGGACCACAGAAUGCUUCUGAUCAAGACUAUUGAGCCUUCACGUAUAAUACCAUACCUGAGACAGUGCAGGGUGCUUAACAGUGAGGAUGAAGAACAGAUUUAUAAUGAUCCAAGUCUUGUCAUUAGACGGCGAAAAGUAGGUGUACUGCUAGAUAUAUUACAAAGGACAGGUUAUAAAGGCUAUGUGGCAUUCCUUGAAAGUCUGGAACUGGACUAUCCUCAGCUGUAUCAGAAAAUAACAGGCGAGGAGCCUUCCAGGGUCUUCUCAAUCCUUGUGGAUACGGCAGGUGAGUCUGGAUUAACUCAGUUUCUUAUGAACGAGGUGACUCGGCUUCAGAAAGCGCUUCAAGAUGAGCGCAAAGCAAGACUAGCUGCAUCUGCACGUGUUGCUGAGCACGCUGACACUGUUCGCCGGCUUCAGACACGAGAAUGCGAGCUACGCAAACAGCAAGAGCGCAUACAGCGCAUGCGUGAAGAACGGGACCAGAUGUGGGACAAGGCACGGCACUUGAAGGACGAGAAUUACAAAUUGAUGAGUGACAUGAACCGACUAAGUGAGGAGAAGAACUGUGCUCUCAUGUGUAAUCGAGACCUACAGCUGGAGAUUGAGAGGCUGAAGCACAGCUUAAUGAAUGCCGAGAGCGAUUCAAAGAUUCAACGCAAACGUACUAUUACCCUGAAAAAUGCUAUGGAGCAGAGGCCUAGCCAAGAAAUGGUGUUGGAGCUUCAGAAAGAGAAUGAUCUUCUCCGUGCUCAAGUGCAGGAGAUUCAGAGCUCUUCUCAGGUCCAAAUUCCAACAAAUGAUGAGAAGCCAAGCAUUGAGUCAGAGGAAGAUUUCAAGAAGCAAAGCAGAGCACAUCAAGAGCUGGUCAAUGAGCUUUAUAAAUUACGUAGGGAGCUACAUGAUGCUGAGGAGCUCAAAGAUAAGUACCUGGAAAAGAAGGAUGAGCUGGAACUGAAGUGUGAGAUUUUAAAGAAAGACUCAAAAAUGUACUGCAAUCGCAUGGAGGAUAUUUUAAAGCAGCUGGAUGAAGUCAUUAAAGAAAGAGACAAGGCAAUUUCGUCACGAGAAGAGUACCAUCAGGAGAACUGUAAAAAUCUUCAGGACAAAGACUGUUACCGCAAGCAGCUCCGAGAGUUGGGGGAGCGUUAUGAUGAGCUCCAGGUGCAGCUGUUCCGCACUCAAGGAGAAAUUCUCGCUCUUCAAGCGAAACUCCGGAGACAAAAACACUUCCACAAAACACUAGGAUCUAUAGAAGGAAACACUUUUUGGGGCACAGCUGAGCUAAAAAGUCAAACAAGUGAGGAGGAUUUCAAGGAGAGAUAUGAGAAAGGUGUAAGUGAUGAUUCCCAAAGCCCGACCUCAGGGGAGUACAACGUCUGCAUAAGUAUUAAAGACCCGUGUACUUCAGAUGCCAAGGAGAGGAUGUCGACUGAAGAGGAGCUGUCAUCUAGCUAUCCCCCCAGGCCAAGAUGCAAUUUUUACUACAGAAGGAAACGUGCCUUGAGAACAAAAGCCACAGUUAAAGACUGUGCUAAAGAGUGCACACAGUGUGUACUGGACAACUCCAGUGGGACUGAUAACACAGACACAGAUGGGAUUUGAUACAAGCCCAACUAAUCAGGAAGACUAUUAUUAUGAUUUUUCUUUUUUCAAUCCAGUGCUAAUCUUAGAAUUACUGAUGACAUUAAAUCUUAAAAUUCAAUAUAGUGAAAUGAAACAUGUUAUUUUAGAAUUUCCUAUAAGUACAUAUUGACCUGAGUGGUAAAUUUAAAAGCAAUUUUGUUACCCAUAGCUUACUGAGUUUAAACAUUAGAUCUUUGCUAAAUAAGUCAGUAUGUCUGGCCUAAUCUACAGACAAAGGAAGUGUGUGUGUGUGUAAAGACAGAAACAGUCUGUUAGUCUCCUGGUUAGAGAUCAGAAAUCUCUGUUUAAUGAUUGUCUGUAAAACCAAUAAACAAAACCCCCUUCUCUUGCA